CUUGUGCACUAGCGUGGCUGAAUCUUCACCACCUCAGUUCUUGAGUUGUUGAGUCUGUAAGCAAACACAUGAAACAUAACCAGCUGAAUCUGUAUACGAUUUCCUUGCCUUCAGUUCUUGAGUUACCAAACACCUUCAAUCCUUGACUCCUUGUAUUAAACAUAUCAUGGAAGUCUCAGAUAAAACUCAAUCUGCUGAAUACAACCGAGCUCUAGAAGUAAAGAGGUUCGAUGAUACGAAGGCUGGUGUCAAAGGCCUUGUAGAUGCCGGCGUUGGCAAAGUUCCAAAGAUAUUCAUAGCACCAUCCAAUGAUCACGCCGACUUUCCAACAUGUCAGCAACCAGAUUUGCUAGUUCCGGUCAUAAAUCUUGGUGGCCUCUACAGUGAUCGCCACAAGGAGAUUGUUAAUGAAGUUCGGAUUGCAUCUGAGAAAUGGGGUUUCUUCCAAGUAGUCAAUCAUGGAAUUCCAUUGAAUCUGCUUGAAGGUAUGAUCCAAGGGGUUAAGAAGUUUAAUGAGCAAGCUCUUGAGGUGAAGAAACAAUUCUAUAGUCGUGAUCUAAAUAGAACCGUGAGAUUCAAUAGCAAUUAUGAUCUCUACCAGUCUAAAGCAGCAAAUUGGAGGGACACUCUAGCUUUUACCAAGGCUGCAGUGGAUCAUGACCCCCAAAAACUCCCUCAAGUUUGUAGAGAAGUAACACUAGAGUAUGCAAACCAUGUCGUAAAGUUGGGAGAUCAACUCUUUGGAUUACUGUCAGAGGCUCUGGAACUUAGUCCGGAUUACUUAACAAGGGAAAUGGAGUGUGCCAAGUUUUAUACUUGUGUGUGCCACUACUAUCCAGUAUGCCCUGAACCAGAGCUAACUUUGGGAGCUGGGAAGCACUCAGAUCCAGCAUUCCUCACAAUUCUUCUUCAAGAUGAAAUUGGCGGCCUUCAAAUUCUUCAUGAAAAUCAGUGGGUAAAUGUUGACCCCAUUUCAGGAGGCUUAGUAGUAAACAUAGGGGACUUUCUCCAAGCCAUAUCAAAUGACAAGCUCAAGAGUGUACAACAUAGAGUGCUCGCCAACCGUGUCGGUCCACGAGUUUCUGUAGCUUAUUUUCUUAAAGGAGAGAUUGCUACCAAGCCCUACGGUCCGAUCAAAGAGCUCGUAUCAGACGAAAACCCUCCUGUCUACAAGGAAUUCUCCAUUGAGGAGUAUCAAGGCAAGUUCUUUUCUCAAGGGCUUGAUGAGAAGUCUACACUUGACCACUUCAAGUUAUGACACAACUAUAUUUCCGCUAUCUCAAGCUCUCCAUUUGAAAUAUUUGUCGUUGAAUGAACGUUCUAUGUGUAGUAAUAUUGUUCCAUAGUCUUGCACACCUUGCUAGGACUGCUUUCUUGGAUGAGUAC